AUGGCUCUUUGUUUAUUGACAAAUAUUAAAACUAAUUUUGCUCAAAUUAAAUAUUGUCAUCAAGAACGUAAUCAAUUAAAUAUUUGUCAUCAAGAACGUAAUCAAUUAAAUAUUCGUCAUCAAGAACGUAAUCAAUUAAAUAUUUGUCAUCAAGAACAUACUUUGAUUUACAUUGAUUAUGGUUUACGAGCUAAUUUAAAAUUCAAUCAAAAAUCUAACGGACUAUGGUUGUUAAAAAACUCGUAG